AACAAAGUGGACUUUACAUCCACGCCGCCCCGAUACGUAUAAGCCAAAAGCCCAUUAAAUUAAGAAUUUCCAUCCUCUGGGAUCCAGUCCAGGACCAAAUGAGCCACCAACACUGUAUAUGUUCCGAUGCAUUAGAUCCACCAGAAUGAGAACGACAUAUCUUCUGAAUACCGAAGAAAUCGCUGCCUGACGAGGAAUCAUAGCCAUCGAAGCUCUGUGAUUCUCAAAUAUGGUUUAUCACUCAAGUUUUGUUGACGACGAAGGGAUUAGUAAAGCUUGUGGAUGCCCUCUUCUUCCUUUAAAAAGCCAUAUAAAGGGGCCUGCUCCAGUUUCAGAUCAAGAUACAACUGAUAUUGUUGAUGAAGCAAUCACAUUUUUUAGAGCCAAUGUCUUCUUCAAAAACUUUGAUAUAAAAAGUUCAGCCGAUAAGCUUCUGAUAUAUUUGACAUUGUACAUAAAUGUGGCGUUAAAGAGAUUAGAGGGGUGCAGAACUUUGGCCGAAGGAACAAAAGCAAUUAUUAAUCUAGGUUUGGAAGACGUUCCUAUUCCUGGAGAAUCGGGGUUUCCUUUUCCAGGGCUAUUUCAACAACCUAAUUCUCAAAAAGAAGCAGAACUGUUCAGGAAUUAUCUAAGGCAAAUCCGUGAGGAAACUAGUGGACGGCUCCUGAGUGUUGCUUACAGGCACAAUGGAACUCCCAAUAAGUGGUGGCUGGCGUUUGCUAAGAGAAAGUUUAUGAAUAUCAUUGCUCCAUGAAGAUUUAUGAAAAGGACAACCAAUAUGAAGCACUCACAAAAUACAUCAUACAUGUUUAGUGUACUACUGAAAUGAGAGACUGAUAUGUGUACAACAAAAUUGUCUGCUUAUUUUCAGGGAAAUCAGUAAUAACCUACCAAAAGAGUUAAGAAAAAGUACAGAAACUCAAAAUAGGCUUCUUGUUUUGUCUUGCCUUAUAUUUGUAAUAUUCAGGUUUGCUUAUAGAUAUAUGAAAAAUUGGUUGCUGCAUACAUACACUGGAUGCUUGAGUUUUGCUCAUUGAUUGGAAAUGUCAAAGCCAUUCAAAUUUUCAGUCGAGCCUUGAGAGUGGAC